AGGGUUCGUCAGCGCCAGCGACGUUGUAAACAGAUUUAAUGGCUCACGCAGAUCAUACCCGAGAUCCAUGCCCAUGGGUUAUCCUCAAUGACUUUGGUGGUGCUUUUUCCAUGGGUGCCGUUGGUGGUGGUAUCUGGCACGGUAUAAAAGGAGCACGAAACUCACCUAGGGGUGAACGUUUCGUUGGCGCUAUAUCUACAAUAAAAGCUCGCGCACCUGUAACAGGUGGAAACUUCGGUGUCUGGGGAGGCAUGUUCUCAACGUUUGACUGCGCUGUCAAGGGGUGGCGGCAAAAGGAGGAUGCAUGGAACGCUAUCAUAUCAGGAUUUAUGACUGGUGGUUGUCUUGCUGCCCGAAGUGGCCCAAAAUCUGCACUAGGUUCUGCCAUUGCUUGUGGAAUUUUACUAGGUGUAUUCGAAGGAGUCGGUGUACUCCUUUCUCGCGUCUUCAGCGAAGGCACACGACCACAACUACCUCCCAUGCCGGAAACCAUGACACAACAGUCAUCGUCUCCAGUGGGGCUACACUAGACAUUACAUAUCUUAUCGUUUCUUACCCAUCUCACUGUAUAAUUCCCGUCAAUGCAUAUUCUGGAGAUGCUCGGAGAUAUGGCAAGACAGACUUGCAUAUUCUUUCCUGGCCAUUUUAAUGCUAAUAAUUGAUAGUGUGAUUCUGCUCAAUUCUGCCAGUUUCGAAGAAUAGGCAAGCGACGUGUGAAGUGGGAAAGUAUUUAUACGAAUAUGGAGCGCUAGUUAUAGGGUUAUAGAGGUAAGUCCUAUGACACCACCCUGCAUUCGCUUAAUUGUGACCCAAGUUGCUGGACUACUGUUGAAGACGCCAGUAAAUUUACUGUGACCUCCUAGAGUUAUAAUGGGAUAACAAAUUAGCAGGCAGUCAAUCAGGUCCAGGAAUUAUGAUGAGGGAUGCUGUAUACGAAGUGUCUUGGCAUAUAGUAACUUGAAAUGCAAUAUCUUUUUACCGAUAAGUUGACUCCAGCAUCUGUGUCAGUCUCCACUGGGGCACCACCAGCAAGGCAUACGACGAGUAACUUUGAAUCGAUCUGAGAUUGAUGAUG